AUAUGUAUCACAAAGGCACGGUUAUAGGUUGAAGAAUCACAUCCCCAGCACAGUAUUGGCAUAAAGUGAGGAAGAAACACUGGGUGAAUAACUCGCUGCACAUUUAAUGAAACAUGUAGGAAUGCAUAAAAAAAAAAAAAAUUCAUUUGUUGGGAAAAGCUUCUUCCUCACUUCUGUUAUAUGACAAUAAAACAGUAAGCAUGUAAUAAAUCUAAGAUUACAGAAAAGUAUCUUGCAGUAUAAGUUAGGGGUAAUGAUUAAUUUAUCGAGCCAUGUACAGUACUUGUUCUCCCUCUCUUGGCUGUACAUCAGCUGAUGUUUCUAUACAUUUAGUUGGUUCUCACCUAGGGGUUGAUUAAUUUUCCAGCGAUGGCAUUGCAUAUACUGAACUUGUUGUAAUAAUCAAAUAUUUUGGUCAUAAAAAUUAAAUCCGUGAUAAAUCAAAACUGUGACGUGCAAAUUUGGAGUAAAUGAGGACUACGUUUAAUGAAUACAAAAACAGAAGUUCAUCAGCUUUAUUAUUAGUGAUAUUUGUCCUGUAAUAACAGUUUAAAACUGUCUUGUGUAGGAAAAAGUGAUACUUAAAGUAGGAAGACAAUAAUUGUACUGCUGGAGCUCCUUGCAAAGUCUUGCAUGCAGUAGGAGAAUGUAGAGACUUUGUAAUUGUCAUCAUAUUCCCAGCCUGUUAAGAGGAGUGGGUUACCCGGUACCUCCAUGUCACUGAUGUUUAGCCUCUAAACAGUAUUGACUGAUCAUGCCAAUAGUGACACAAAUCAUUGAUGCACAAGCAUCUUGCCAACGGGAUGAGGUAAUUAACCCAGUAGCUGCUGAAUGCCAAGACUCGGGGAUCAGCACGUACUUCCCCAGCCACCUUGCUUCAUGACAAGAAAAGGCUUACAAAGCUGAAAUGACAUUCUUUUAUUAAAGAAAUUAUUUAAAACAUUGGGUUGAACAAAAAUCAGGGCAAAUGAUAAAAUUAACCCAGUAAAGAAUGUAAAUAAAAAUAUAAGAUGAGAGAUUUGUAAAACAAAAAAAAAGCAGAUUGCUCAUCAUUACUUAAUUCUGCAUAAGGCUCUGAAUCAGAGAUAAGUUUUAUAAUUUUACUGUGAUACUGUAUAUAUAUAUAUUCCCAUAUAUAACUUAUAGCUCAGUGAUAGAACAUUCGCCAUACAAGCGAAUGUUCCCAGUUCUAUCUCCCUGCGGGAGUUGAGACUUGGGUUACCUUCUUGUACACAAACCAUUACUUACUCGGCAAUAAAAUCGGUACACUAAGCUGCACUUGCUGAUAAUGGAACAGUUCUCCCAUAAACUUCCAUCUUGCCAAUGGGAUGGAGCAACCCAUUAGCUACUGAUUGUUAAAAAUCAGUAGAUCAGCACCUGCCUAGCCAAGCUGCAUCAUUGCAGAAAAUGGCUUAAAAAAAAAAAUAAAAAAUCACACACACACACACACACACACACACAUUCUUUUUCUGACUUAUGUCCUCUGCCAAGUAGCUUUUCAGAAUACUGUAUAGUAUUGACUGAUAGUUGGGCAAUUGAGGCAUUCUUUGUCCUUGAAUAGCUCCUAAUUACCAUAACAAUCCCAGUAGUAGCAAUGUAACAUUAAGGGUAUGCUGAUCUUCCAUACUUCUCAAUCACACUAUUGGUCCAAAAUAGGGGGAUUUGGUGCUACAAUUUAAUUUUAAUAUUUGUAUUCAUCAUUUCAACACUUUUCAACUUACUAGCCAUUUGGGUGGUUGGUCUGUUCUUUGUUACUUUGAAUUUAAUUGUCCAAUUUUAGUACAAGAGGAAAUCGGAGUACCCAGAGGAAAACCUGCAAUGUUUGGCGAUGUCACUUUAGAGAACAUUUUUCUCACGUGUGUACUGGGCCAGGACUCAUACCCAUGACUCAGUAGCGAGAUAUACUUACGGUACUGUUGUACCAACAAUUGUCCUCGAGACUGAAAACUAUAUUAAGAGCCUUGUCUGACUGAUCAGCUCACAGUACUUAAAGGUAUGGCACUGCUGUUGUUUUAUUGGUAUCACUUGCAAUGGACAGUACAGUAUUUGAAAUUAGCGACAUAUCAAAAGCAAAUGUGCACAGAUGGGCUUUUCUGUGGACAUCUCGGUUACUACAAAAUCUUUAGUGAUUUAAGGACUACUGUAUGGUGGGAAGUACUGCAGUUACUGAUGUUAUCAGCUAAAUAAGACUGUUUCUAGAUCAUAUAUUUGUUGUUACAUUGGGUUUAUUAACAUUAUUUUCCAGUUUUGCAGUCUGGGCUAGUCUUUGUUAGAAUGGCUAGCUUUACAGUUCCAACGUUAGUGACAUAAAACCUGCUAACACAGUAACUCGGCUUACAUUGUUAUGUAGUUUUUUCUGUAUGAGGACUAGUUGUAUACAAAGACCAGGACUUGCUCCAGUGUCAGUAGAUUCUGAAUCGAAAGUUUCAGAUACCUGUACUUAAGCGUCAGCAGGUACAAAUAAGCCCGUGGUUAUUCUGGAAGUACAAUUUCAAUGUUUUAAUCUGAAUAAGAUAUGUAUUAAAUGUUCUUUUGGAUUCACACUGUGAUCAAGGUUCCUUAUAUGAUUAUCAAGAACUCACUUUGUCUCUUCCAUUGGAUAUUGUUGUUUGCCCAAAUGAGUUGGUGUUUCUGGUAAUCAGGUAGCUUUCUUAAGGAAUAGGUUUUCCUAUCAAUGGGAAAGUCUGGUCUCUCCCAGAGUUAAACAUGAAAUCUUAACUAUUGACAUGAUCUGUGAUAUUGAUCACACAACUUCUAAUGAGAACUAGUGUCUCAAAGACAACUUUUACCCCAAUUUUGGGUUUAUGACAAGAUUAGGUGGUGUUUAGGAUUGGUAUACCCUCCAAGUUCAAAUACUACUGCUGGGCUUAUUAAAUGGGGACAUAAAAUACCUCAACUGCCAGCCUAUAUAACAAGAAACUACCUGGCUAUGGGUUCUGCCAGAGAAAGGGAUUUCAGGGUCAAUUUAAUAUGAGUGUGUGAACAUGCAAGCAUAUGAGUGUGUAUACUGGGGGUCCCCGGGUUACGAACAUGUUCCUUCCUGAGGAUGUUCUUAAGUCGGAUUUGUACGUAAGUUGGAACACAUGCUAUGUGCAUACCGUACUUACAGAACAAUGUUUGAAAUCCCAUUAUUUCAUAGCCUAAGUUCUUAUAUACAUAAAAAAUCACUUUAUUUAAGAGAAAAGAAGAAAUAGAAAGACCAAAUACAAUAAAUGAAAGGAAAAAAUAAGUCAUCAAGUAAAUAAAAUACAGGUUGUACCUCUCUAGUCCGGCAACCUCGGGA